CCCCUCGCUCACAUGCAGGAUUGAUUUAUAGGAUUUAUAUUUAUACAGACAUAGCUUCUUCAAUCCUCAUUCAGCUCAGUUUCUCUAUACACUUAUCAUUUCCUUGUAAUUUAAAACCAAAAUGUCAUUAACCAACAAGAAAAAGCUCAUCCUCAACACAGCUUCAAUCAGCUUAGGUUGCCGCAGCUGUAAGAAAUUGAAGCUUACCAGUGUUUUCAACCCAAAACCCAAACCCCAAUCUCCUUACAAUCUCUCUUCUUCCAAUUCCUCCAAUAAAACAACCCCUUAUAAUUCCAUGUCUGAAUUUGGAACCCCUACCUCUUUUUCUUCACACACUACUAAUCAGUACUGGGAAAUGGACAUCGAAACAGACAAGGAAGCCAUGUGUUCGCCGCCUGCGACCACCGUACGAGGGUUGGGGCGUGUAGGAGGAGAGAGCCUGGCGGUGGAGAAAGAUUCCGAUGAUCCUUACUUGGAUUUCAGGUACUCCAUGUUGCAAAUGAUACUGGAGAAACAGAUAUAUUCCAAAGAUGAAUUAAAGGAGCUUCUCAACUGUUUCCUUCACUUGAAUUCGUCUUAUUACCAUGGGAUUAUUCUUUCGGCUUUUACUGAUAUCUGGAAUGGACUCUUCUCUAUCAAGCCUGGUGCUGGUGGUUCCCCACACCUGCUUUCCCAAUUUUAUGCUGACAUGUGAGAGUAAUGAGGGGUUAAUAAGCUCAACCUUUUGUUUGGAGGGUUCUUUUUUCUUUUUACCUUCAACUGUAGUCCAAUGGGUUAAUAUGAUUUUAUAAGUAAAAUUUGACAGUUGAGGUUAUUAA